AUGUCUCAAAGCAAGUUGGAAAAGAACACGGAAUCCAGGCCAGUGCCCUUGACCAUGGUUUCUAUGACGGAUUCAGAUGCGACGAUGCCACCCGGAAUUAUAGCCUUAAGAGUGUUAUUCUGGAUGGCCAUAAAAUCGGUCAACGUUCUCUAUCUACCGGUGGUAAUUAGAAGAGUUUUUAGAAAAUCAAGAUCAUGUCCGACCAUUAAAAACGAAAUUCUCCUCCUCUCCGCCACCGAGCUAGCCGAACAAAUCAGAAACCGAAAGGUAUCCUGUGAAAGCGUCGUGAAAGCCUACAUAACUCGAAUCCAAGAAGUCAACCCCGUCAUAAAUGCUGUCAUAGAGAACAGAUUCCAAGAGGCUUUAGAAGAUGCCAGGAAAGUAGAUCAGUUAUUAUCGAACAGUAGUACUAACAUACAAGAAAUUAAAGAAAAACAACCUUUGUUAGGUGUUCCUAUUUCCGUUAAAGGAAGUAUAGAAGUGGCCAAGAUGAAGAGCACCUCUGGAAUGGUAACCAGGGCGAAUGUAAUUGCAGAGCAAGACGCCGUCACCGUGAGAUACGCGAGAGAAGCCGGUGCUAUUCCCCUGGUCACUUCCAACAUACCCGAGUUGUGUUUGAACUGGGAAUCAACGAACAAACUAGUAGGAACGACCAAAAAUCCUCACGACACGUCUAGAACGUGCGGAGGUUCGUCAGGAGGUGAGGCUAGUCUUUUGGCCACCGCUGGUUCUUUGAUCGGCAUUGGUUCGGACGUUGCGGGUUCUUUGAGACUCCCCGCGCAUUUCUGCGGCAUUUGGGGCCACAAGCCAACACCGGGGACAGUGUCCAGCGUCGGGCAUUACCCUAGUUGCAAGCACGAGGACGUCUGGAAAGCCGCUUUUACUCUGGGCCCCAUGGCCAGGUACGCGUCCGAUUUGAGGCUUCUGCUGCAGGUUAUAUGCGAGCCCAAUUUCAGAAGUAAACUGCGUUUAUUCGAACCGGUGGACGUUAAAGAACUUAGAGUGUUCUAUAUGGAAGAUAUCCAAUCGUCUCUUACUGGGACUGUGAACGAGGAAUGUUUGGGCGCCUUGUAUUCCGUCAUCGAGCAUUUCGAUCAAAUUUGCCAAAUUAGUACCGAAAAGGUGGACCUACCUCUGAUGAAACACGCUCCAGAGUUAUCCACAGUGUCUCUAUUAGACAUAGACGACGUGGACAACCUCUUCAAAGGCAGAGGCGAGGGAUCCAUAACCGAGCUCUUCAGAUACAUGACGUUCCGAUCGAAAUCCGUGCUAACGGCGAUUCUGUACGGAGUGUUGAGGAAGCUUUCCACGCACCUGCCCAGAUCGACCACGGAGUACUGCGUCAAGAAGCUGGAGGAGCUGAAAUCGGAUUUCGUCAAGCUGCUGGGCAAAGACGGAGUGUUCUUGAUACCGUCGUUCACGGCGGAGGCGCAUUAUCACGGCGAUAUCUAUCGAAAGGUGUUCGAUUCGUCGUAUUUGUCCAUUUUCAAUUCGUUGGGUCUGCCUGUUACUAAUUGCCCUGUUAGGUUCACUAAAACUGGACUACCUGUAGGAAUACAAGUUGUUGCGGCUCCUUAUUGUGAUAGGCUGACGCUGGCAGUGGCAGCGGAAAUCGAACGGGAAUUCGGUGGUUGGCAACCACCUCGUAAAUCGUAA